GCAGGUUGCGUUUGACAAGGCGCUUGCGUUGAUGGAUAUCCCCGGCAAGCGGACCACGCUUCAAGGCGACGGCUUCGACAUCCCGGCUAUUUUCUACGCAGCUGACAAGUCUUCAACUCCUAAACCAACCAUCAUCGUCGGUACCGGCUACGAUGGAAGCCAAGAGGAGCUCCUUCAUAAUUUUGGCUUCGCGGCCUUGGAGCGCGGUCACAACGUCAUCACCUAUGAAGGCCCAGGCCAGCCACUUGUCCGCCGAAAGCAGAACCUUGGGUUCAUCACGGAUUGGGAAAAGGUUGUGACACCCUUGGUCGACUACCUCAUCACGAGGCCGGAUGUUGACGCAUCCAAGAUCGGCGCGAUAGGUGCCAGCAUGGGUGGAUGGCUUGUGGCUCGAGCCGCAGCAUUUGAGCACCGCAUCGCAGCCGCGAUAGCUGUCGAUGGCGUGUACGACUUGCACGAAGCUUACAGCAAAGCCAUGGCUUCACCUAUGCUCGCAGCCUUGGAAGCAGGUGAUGGCGAUCAGGUAGACAAGAUGGUCAGGGAGGCAUUAGCAGGCGAUGGGAUCCCCGUGAGUCAACGCUGGGGCAUCGAGCAGGGCUUGUGGAGCUUCAACGUCGACUCGGCGACGGAGUGGAUGAACUUGGUAAAGCCGAUGACGCUGAAGGGCAUUGAGAAUCAGAUCCAGUGUCCGAUCUGGGUCGGGGAGGCGCAGAAUGACCAGUUCUUUUUGGGACAGCCGGAGAAAGUGCGAGAUGCACUGGGCGACAAAGUCACGUACGUGACCCUCACGUCGGAAGACGCUGCUGGAAAUCAUUGCCAUGUUGGUGCCCAGGUGUUGUUGAACCAGCUUGUGUUUGAUUGGUUUGAGGAUAUCAUCUCCAAGUAGGCGAUGGCUGUGUAUUUCAAUAGGAAACAGGGUAAAAGUACAUACACGAC